AAUCUAUUGGUCUUUAUAACGUGACAAGAGCUCUCGAUAACUGCAUGAAUAGGGACUUUUAGAUUUGGCAGUGCCUUAAAAGGACUUCACAGUGCCUUAAAAUGACUUCACAGUGCCUUAAAAGGACUUCACAGUGCCUUAAAAGGACGUCACACGUAGCAGUCCACUUUUUCGGCGUGCAAAUCUGAAAGUCCCUAAUGCUAGACGCACUGGAGCGAAAGGGGAUCGUUUGAUAUAAAUGUAUUCAUUAUUGAUUUGGGUUGUUAGAACUCGAGGUUACUCCAGAGGUUUGGAUUUUUCGGGAAGUCAAGUGCUGGUCAUUUAGAACGAAAACUAGAUCAUCGUGAACGCGAAAAGAUUGAAAACCUAUUCCGCGUCGACUGGAGCUCCUGCAAAAGGCAACCAUGUCUGUUUUCACCUUCUGCCAUAUCUAUGCUCUUCUUGUCGUCUUGGUAGUGCUCAGAGGCACCACCUCUCUGGAUGAUCUCAAGAUAUGCUCGACACCUGACUGUCCAAACGAACACAUCGAAGUUGCCGAUGAGAUCGCUGGCACGAUUCACCGCUACUCCCAAAAUGCUGCAAACUUUCAAGAAGCCAAAGCCUCACGGUCGCCUGCCAAAGACGUGGAACCCAGAGGCCACGUCAACGGCCAGAGUCCUGAGGCAAUUGUUACAGCCCAAAGGCAACAUCCGGUCAAUGCAGUGGAGGAGAACAUAUUCUGGUCGGCGACCGUUGAGGGCGCCAUCCCACCAGGUUUGAGCUACUCGGUAACGGAAGGAUGGAAGAAGAGAAUUCGACAGCUCCGAGUGGUGAAAGUAGAAAAUGCUUCAAUAGAUAAGUGCGGUAGCAACAUGAAUCGGCACGUGGUGUUCGACGAUGGAACUACGGCAUGUGCACGAUACAGACACCCGAUGGUGCAGUUUGUGUUGGGUGAUCUGUACUGCUACUAUCUAGGCCGAAUGAUAGGUCUGCAGAACGUUCCAACGGUCGUCCUGUCUCACGUGUCCAACGACAGUUCCUCGCAGUGGUCUUCGGUUACUGCGGACAUUCGCAACGCCGGUUGGAAGAACGACACGGUGGCGAGCUUCAGCUUGUGGAUCGAUAAUAUUGGAAAAUCGCAUCUGCCGGAAAUCAUGUUUAAUAACCAGCGUGGGACCAUAUACCCUUCCACUCCUGGAUUCGCUGAUCUCAACAUCACCACGCUCGUGGAACUGGCCCAGUUCAGUGACCUUGUGAUAUUUGAUUACAUCACAGCUCAUCUAGACAGGAUGACGAUAAGGAAAAAUGCAGUCGAGUAUUACCAGCAGGACUGGCUCUAUAAAGGCGAGGUACACAAUCUAGCCCAGCAUAAAAGCAAUGGAGGUCUCUGGUUCAUCGAUAAUGAGAACGGAUUAUUCAACUCCUACCCCGUCGCAUAUUCAAAGGCUAACAAGGAACAGAUGCAGGGUUACCACGAGGAGCUCCUGCGCUCGUUCUGCAUCUUCAGGCGGUCAACAUUCAAAAAUGUGCACGGGCUGGCCCGAAUGGAAGACCCUUUCAACGCCCUGGACAUGGCAGUCCACCAUAAUGAGCCCGUUACUAAGAUGAUGGAGGAAGUCAAGAAAUCGUUUAUGGUGGGUUUGAAAGAACGGUUCAAACAACGUCUGCUUAAUGUGGUUCAUUGGAUGGAUGAAUGUCAGUCACGUUCUAGUGGUUGAUUAAACUCCUCCCCCCUAACUUCCAGCAUUUAAAGGCCCACUGCACUACUUGUAGCUACUUGCGCCCUCUCUAUAUUAAACAAUGCCUAAUCGGCGACCAUUGGUCCCCCAUGAUCCUCUUUUUCUUAUGUUAACUGAGAGCUGAGUUGAUGAGAUAGCCACCUGUCCAGUGACCUUGCAGGGCAGUCUAAUCCCUCCUAUAAACUAGUACUGAUAAGCUUUAAGUUUGAAAAGCUAUAAUGAAAAGAACAUGAAAUAGAUUCGUGAACAGCAAGGUAAACUUUAGAAAAACAUCCACCAAGUGUAUGAUAAUAAGGAUGAUAUUAAUUAGAAUACUGAAAUGUCAUUCGAAGUCAUGAUGAUGAUAAGACAUGUUAUAUGAUAAGCAUCUUUAAUGAUUUGAUAACAUUGUUUUUCAUCCACGCAAUUAAAUAAUCACAUCCACAAAAUUAAAAAAAUUCUGAAAGAAAUUCCACUAAUGAUGACAUGCAUAGUUAAUGAAAGAGUUGAAAAUAACUAGGUGCCAGCACCUGGGUCGAUCGGGGGUCAAUUUAAAAAAAAGGAACCUUUUUUUUUUUACCAUCUUUGGGCUGAUAUUUUUCAGUUUUACCGUAAAUGCUUAUUUAAAUAUUUAUUUUAUUCAUUAAACAUUUUUUUUUUUAAGCCUACCGUAGAAUUUCAAGAUUUUGGGGUCGGUCGCAAAGGGCAAUACAACAACUUUGUUGUGUAAGCCUAAGUUAACUGGAGUAAACGUCUGAUCAUCUACAAUGUACAUCUUACAUGCCAGAAAAUAAUAGUUCUGAAUUUGCCAACUUUUUUAAACGGUGAUGGGUUAUAUUAAUCCUAAUAUUUUAAAGUUCUAAUCUUUUAGAGACAGAGCAUUCUAUGUAUUUUGUAGUAUUUAAUUUAAUUGCUGAUUACCUAUAAGCAAUAUAUUGUGUAUUUGUCUAAUGAUUGUGUGUACAUGUAUGUGUAGUUAUCUGUAUAUUAUUCAGCUGCAUAGCUUAUUCUUACCCAGGUUAAAAAUCGUGUGUGAUUUUGUAAUCGCUGUAUACUGUCAAAGAUUGACAAUCCAAAGUCAAAGACAUGCAAAGAUAUCUAUGUACAUGAUAGAAUGUUUUAAUAACUUUUCGUGUUUUGUAGUCAAAUCUCAGUUCUCUGCAUUAAGAACCAUCUACGGUAUAUGUGCAUGAAGACCAUAUGAUAUGAUAUGGUAAGACUCAGGAUUUUCUGCAUCUCAAUGGUCUUUGCAAUAUCAAGACGUUUUCGGCAUAUUGUCGAACAAUUUAUUUUCAAGCAAUCUUGGUAUUCGUGUUUACUCCCCUCUGAUAAUCUUGUACGUAAAAAAGAUUUCCUCUUUUUUUUCUCUCUCUACUUUCCCUAGAAAAACAGUUUUGAAUAAUGAUUAGUUUUCACUCAGACCAGUGUUCUUAAAAAGCAUAUCAUGAUGAACUAGUUUAAUUCAGGGAGGCAAUAGAGCUCAGUCCGUAAAUUGUCCACUAGUCGAACCAAAGAUUCUGGGUUUGAAUCCAUCCAACCCAGGCGGAUGACUGAGGCUGCAUUGUGUGUUAACGUGCCCCUUCCGUUUCACAGACGCAGGCUGUGUUACAGUGCAAAAUACUCCGUCCUCGGAUAGGAUGUUAAAUAGAGGCCCCAUGUAGAGGACAUCACCACCUUUGCACAUUAAGAACCCACUGCACUAUUUGUAUGUAAGAGUAUAGGGGGAACCCAAGUAUAGUGGUCCACCAGAGGGGAGACCCAAAGUCAGGUUCCUUUUCUCAUCUCAGAAACAGAUGACACCAAAUGCUUAAUAAUAAUUAUAUUUAUUAAAAUUAAUCACCAUUACAGUAAUGUUUACAGGAUAAAGAUCUCGACCAUUUGUGGUCUAUAAACCAAUGGCUUAUGUUAAGCCUGGUACAAUUGUCCAUGCACGCCUUCAAGAAGACCAGUCAGUGUGUGAGAAAUAAUCAUAUUCUUUAUCGCAAGUGAUCUUUUGGUUAACAAAUUUUUGUAGCUAGCGUCUAACAAAAGUAGAAUGUUGAGGGUAGAGUUGAAUAAAUAUCUACAAAACUCCCCAAAAAA